AUGCCAAAACAACAAACAACCAAGAAAACCACAACCAAUAUCACUGAAUCAAAGCAAGCCAAGACAAAUAUCUUGUUAGCACAGAAUGAAUUCUCUUCUGCCCUUUUCUCCCAAGUUGUCGAUGAGAGUGCAGUAGAUUCCAAUGUAAUUAUUUCUCCAUUUUCUAUUUACCUGGCCAUGAUUAAUUGCAUGAUGGCAACUGGAGGAAAUACAUUGAAGGAAAUGAUAAACGGUUUAUUCCUUAAGGAUAGUUUCGACAGUUGUAAGAUGAACGAUUUCAAUGAACAGUUCCAACAAUGGAAGGAAAGUGAAUUGAAGCAGUACUCUACAAUGAUCAAGAAGAUUGUUCAAAAUCAGGAUGUUUUAUCAAUUGCAAACAGAAUUUAUGUUGAAAAGUCUGUCGAUAUUAAGAGCGAAUUUAUUCAAGAAUUAGAAGAUCAAUUUGAUUCUGAAACUCAGUUGGCUAAUUUCAAGAAUGGUACCAAAUCAGAAGUUUCAAAAAUUAACAAUUGGGUUGCUUCCAUCACAAAGAAUUCCAUUAGAAAUUUGAUUACUGAACUUGACAAGGAAACACUCAUGGUUCUUGUAAAUGCCAUCUACUUUAAUGGUAAAUGGAAGCAUCAAUUUCUUAAGAAUAGAACUGUGGAAACUGCAUUCAGAACUGUCAAAGAUCCAGAGGGUGACUCAACCAAUUGCCAAAUGAUGAGUUUGGAAGAUUGUAAAAGUAAUUUUUAUUUUGAAGAAAUAGAAGAUUGUCACAUUUUAAAAUUACCAUACACAGACGAAGAUUAUUGUAUGCUCAUUAUCAAACCAGAUGAUUCCAUUGAUGUAGACGAGGAAAAUGAAAUUAGCUUCAACAAAUGGAUCAAUUCAAAAUUAACUGAUAUUACCCAAAUCUAUCCUAAAGAAAUGGUAAAGAUGAGAAAGAUUAGAAUUCCUAAAUUCAAAUUUGAAAAGCAAUUCGCCAACAUUAUUUCCAAAAUGUCAGGCAACCCAUUCAAUAUCAAGUCCUUAUUCAAUUCUAACACAGCUGAUUUUUCCAACAUGCUCUCUAAUCCAAACACUGAUGGAAUCUAUGUAGAUCAAAUAAUUCACAAGGCAUGCAUUGAAGUGGACGAAUGUGGAACUGUUGCAAGUGCAGCAACUGCCAUCUCAGCCAGAAAAAAGAGUAAAUCUAGCUCUUCUGAAAAGGUAUACGAAUUUAUUGCAGAUAGACCUUUUGCAUUCGUAUUGAACCACAUUCCUACCCAAAGUGUUCUCUUUGUUGGUAAAAUUAAUCAAAUAAAUUAA